AUGAAGGCUCCCAUCGUCGCCGCCGCUGCCCUCUCGGCCUGUGCCCUGGGCAUGUCCCCGGACCCGGCGCCGGUCAACAAUGACAAACGGCUCACCCCCAACGACGCCAAGGACGCUGUGAGCUCUGCUGGCCUUUCUGCUACCGGCGCGGUCGACAUCCCGGCUCUCUCUGCUGCCUCUGCCGCUUCUGCUGCUACGUCUGCCACUGCGGCGACCGUCAAGCGUGACGAUGAUGACAACGACGCUUGUGAUCCGUCGGAUGACGCUUGUCUGGAUCUGGUGAAUGCCACCAAUACCGUCGAUAAGCGAGCCGGAUCCGGAUUCGACGAAGGCGAUGGGGAGAAGGGUGAGAAGGGUGAGAAGGGUGAGAAGGGUGGUAAGCAUGGCCACAAGCACAAGGGCGGCAAACAUGCCGGCAAGAAGCAUGGUGGUAAGAAGGGCCACCACGGAAAGGGAGGUCAUGGGCAUAAACACGGCCAUAAACACGGCCACGGAAGCAAGGGCCAUGGAGGCAAGGGCCACGAGGGCGAGCAUGGCCACAAGCAUGGAGGUCACGAAGAGGGUGGACACGAGGGCAAAGGCCAUAAGGAACACGAACACGGCCCCAAGGAACACGGCCACAAGGGCGGUAAGGACAAACCUGAGCACGAACACUCCGACCACGGCGACGACAAGCCCGCCUCUGGAUCCGGUCAUGAUGAGUCCUCCAAGGUAGUCCGCAGAGCGGCCGUCAUCGACGGCGUUAACGGCCCGGAGAAGACAGGCUCGCCCCUUGAACAGAAGACCCACGAGCGUGUCCAGGCCGGCGGCAAGUCGGUGGCCGGCCACAAGGGUGGUGAAAAGGGUGGUAAGGGAAAGGGUUGGGGCGGUGGUGACAAGGGGGGUGAUGAGGGUGACUCUUCUGGAGACGAGUCCUCUGGAGACGAAUCCUCUGGAGAUGAGGAGGUGGUGAGGGUGAGGGCGAAGGCGAAGGCGAAGGCGAGGGUGAAGGCGAAGGCGAGGGUGAAGGUGAAGGUGAAGGUGAAGGUGAAGGUGAAGGUGAAGGUGAAGGUGAAGGUGAAGGUGAAGGUGAAGGUGAAGGUGAAGGUGAAGGUGAAGGCGAAGGUGAAGGUGAAGGUGAAGGUGAAGGUGAAGGUGAAGGUGAAGGUGAAGGUGGUGGUGAAGGUGAAGGUGAAGGUGAGGGUGAGGGAGAAGGUGAAGGCGAAGGCGAAGGCGAAGAUGAGGGUGAUGGAAAAGGAGCAUGGUUGGAAGCAUGGGUGGCAUAAGCACCACGGCCACCACCCCCACUUCCACCCUUCCUUUCACAAGGAACAUGAGGUGAAGGCCAAGGCCAAGGAGCAUCGGGAUAUCGACCACGUUGCGGUUGGGGGUGCUGCCGGUUUGCCUCGCAAUGUUGGCCUAGCCGGCGUCGCUACUAUCAUUGUGGCCGGCUUGGGCUGGAUCAUCUAA